GUCAGUCACAGGGUAAUGCAGCCGUCGGAGAAAGACAACAAUCUGGUCUUAAUCACAUCCUCUAUCCGGCCCUUUUCUAUAUAUGGUAGAGAGGCAAGGGGUAUGUAUUACAAAAAGGAGUAAAACUGUUGGGAAAUCCAAACUCAUUUGCUGGAUUUAAGAGCGAGUAACUAGCUGCAGGACGGACUUUUACAAAAGAAUAUUAUUGUGGUGUGAGGAGGAGGAGAAGGACAUCUGCCUAAGUGAGGAACAGACGAAUGAGUAAGGAAACAGCAGCACAAGCACAGGAAGGGAGAGACCAAGUGAAGCAGAAAGGCAGCGGCAUUGGAAGAAAGCGAGCACAGAUCUAAUGUGAGAGUACAAGUGGCAUGGGAAACAGGAAACUAGGUAAAAUAACAGACAAAGCUACAAAGUAAGCAAGAAAGAAACAAAGAAACUGAUCUGAAAAGGAACAGAGCCUAUCAUUAUAGGCUGUGCCGGUUCCCUUGUGCUGCUGCUGCUAAACAAACUGUAUGAGAGACAUCUAAAGGACACCUAAAAUCAGAGAAUGAGGCACAGUGUGACUGGGACCCCCCAAAUGGGACGUCCGCUACUAGUGGCACUGCUGAUGUUAUGGCUGCCUAUCACUCUUCCUUAUGCUGGAGCUGACGAACCAUCUUGCCAAGGAGCAUUUGACUUAUAUUUUAUUCUAGAUAAGUCAGGUAGUGUGGCAACAAACUGGAUUGAGAUCUAUGAUUUUGUGGAAAAACUAACAGAAAGAUUUGUGAGCCCCCGAAUGAGAGUGUCCUUCAUCGUGUUUUCCACACAGGCAAAAACAAUUCUUCCACUUACAGGAGAUAGGUAUGAAAUUACAAAAGGACUUAAAGAUUUGAGUGCUGUAUCUCCAGCAGGUGAAACAUAUAUGCAUGAAGGCUUCAAGCUGGCAAAUCAACAAAUUGUGAACGCAGGUGGAAAAAGUACCGCAAGUGUAAUUAUUGCACUAACAGAUGGCAAGCUGGCAGAUCAGAUACCUAUUUUGACAGAAAAGGAGGCUAACAUUGCUCGAGAAAGAGGAGCCAGAGUCUACUGUGUGGGUGUUCUAGAUUUUAACUUUGAGCAGCUUAAAAGAAUUGCUGCCUAUCCAGAGAAUGUUUUUCGUGUUGAAGGUGGAUUUAAAGAUCUUGGAUUAAUUAUCAAUUCAAUUUUAGAGAAGUCUUGCACAGAAAUUCUCUAUGUGGAUCCAUCUUCUGUCUGUGUAGGGGUUGAAUUUCAAGUUGUCUUGAGAGGGAAUGGAUUUUUAUUAGGGCACGAUGCUAAUCUCAUUACUUGUACUUAUGAAGUGAACAAGACAAUAAUACAUCAGAAACCAAUCACCGUUCAGGCUCAGUAUAUGCUUUGUCCAGUUACAGUACUCCAAGAAGUUGGACAGACUAUGGAAGUUUGGGUGAGCGUGAACAACGGAAAAACUCCACUCACUAACCCACAAACAAUCACUGCUUCCAGCUGUACUAAUGGCAUUGCUGCAGUCAUUGCAAUUUUAGUGAUAUUACUCCUGGUUGCCAUUGCCUUAUUGUGGUGGUUCUGGCCUCUUUGUUGCAAAGUGGUUAUCAAAGAUCCUCCUCCUCCACCAAAACCAGUUCCAGUUGAGGAGCCCGAAGAAGUAUUACCUCCAAAGAAAUGGCCUACUGUAGAUGCUAGCUAUUAUGGUGGGCGAGGAGUUGGUGGAAUUAAAAGAAUGGAGGUACGGUGGGGGGAUAAAGGUUCCACAGAAGAAGGAGCAAGACUGGAAAAGGCAAAGAAUGCUGUAGUGACAAUGCCAGAGGAGGAAGAGCUGUCUCUAUCAACACCUAAAAAACCAAAGCCUACCUCACCAGCACAUCAAACAAAAUGGUACACGCCUAUCAAGGGACGACUUGAUGCACUUUGGGCUUUGUUAAGAAGACAGUACGACCGAGUUUCUUUAAUGCGGCCUCAGCAAGGAGAUGAGGGUCGUUGUAUUAAUUUCUCAAGAGCCCCAUCUAAUUGAAGCAGAAAAUACCCCGCUGCGUAGUUUGUUGACAAUCAACAAUCAAAGGAAUGCCUCUGAAUAUCACUGAAGAUUUCUUGCCUUCCUCUGAAACACUAGCCUACUGCUUAAAUUUAAAUAUGGUUUUGCACAGCUAACCUUUGUUAUAUUUAACUUUUUUUUGCCAAUUUAUAGUUUGUAAGCAUUAUAUUGCAGCUUGAUAUAAAUCAAAAGAUGCAAUAUACUCAUAAGUGACAGGGGAAAACCAGGCAGAAGACAACCAAACCAAAACCAAACUAAUAAUGGCCAGUGGACAUUUUUUUGCCAUAAAAUGUCCUUAUUUAGAGAAAAUAGGCUGCUGGCAUGCUGAGCCAUUAAAAUAGACACUUCAGGCCAAAAGUAGAGUAGAUAGUUUCCACCAGGACAAGCAAAUACAAAAGUUCACCACCUUAAGGCAAUGUCAUAUAACAAGCCCUUUCCAAAAUAUCUCAUCACCCUGUGCCUUACAGGUAAACUUCUGGCUCAAAUUUUGCUAUUGUAGAACUGAAAAGUGCACACGCAUUGGUUUCUGAAGGUAUUAGUAGGCAGUAAGAUUUUGCCUUUUUCUAUUUUAGAAGACAUUUUUAUUUAUUAUGCAUUUAAGAAGGAAAUUAUCAGAACAAUAUUCUGCAAGCAAACUUUAUCGAGAGGUAAGCUGAGGUAAGUUUGAGGGACUGCAAUGUCAAGACCAUGACACAUUGUCUGCAGGUUAAUUUCCCCCUGCCUACAAAGUCUAGAUGAAUAAGUACCUUGCUUUACACAUAACAUGUAGCUUUGAGGCAUAUUACUUAUUAUAUAUUUUAGAAACCCAAAUCCAAAAAGCUGACAUUGCAGAGGAUUCAAUCCCCCCUCCCCAAAUCUCCAAAGGUUCUUCGUCGUCACAAUUCAGCAACUCUCUUUGCACGAAUAUUUCAAAGUUUAAUUAAUAUAAUUAAAGGCAACAGCAAGCAGCAGCCUGUGAAGAUUUUGCUCAUCUUUUUUAUGCCUUUUGACAUUGAAUGACCUACCACUGUAUGUGCAUUACUCACAAAUCAAAGGAAUUGUGUAUUGGCUAUGAUUCAGCAGUGAAAAGAUCUCCUUUCCUCAAUUGAUACUAGGCAAACAGAAGAGUGCCACCCAUCACAAACAAACUGUAUAUAUGAUAUUAUUUUGUGAGGAAUGUGUGUGUUGUGUCACGGUGACGAUCCUAAAUUAUGUUAGCAUGAGCGGAAACACUGUGGGGGAGGAAGGAGAUAGCAGUUGAAGAAAAAGGCUCAAAUGAUCUAGUCACUUUCGAUACUCUACUUCAAAUGCAAAUGGAUAUUCGAGUCGAAACCUGACAAAUCGCACCUGCUUUGAUGUGAACUGGUAUAGACAAUGACCAGUGGCUGGGUCAAUGGGAUGUCUCUGUGCGAGCAGGAAGUCUUAUCAAAUGACACUAAAAAUAAGUUCAGCAAUCAUCACAUUUAUGGGGAAAAGGCAAACAUUUCAAUAAGAGGCAUCCUGGGCUGAAAUCUUCUUUGCGCUCUUCAUCUGAAUUCCAAGGGACAUAAAUUAUUCGAUUGGCCAAUGUCCAAAUAUGGCACUACCCAAAGUGAGCAUCACUAGUAUUUGCUUUACUUUUUGGUUAAGAAUACUGGUGAUAUUUAAAAUUACCCUAAAUGGUUAAUGCACUUAUAACUGAAUGUGUUUACAUAUGUACAUAAACAUACAUAUUCAUUACAAUACCCUAGUUCCUUGUUAGGGUUGCCAUCUGUCCAUUUUUGAGCAGGACAGCCCGGUAUUUUGAAGGGCUGUCCGGGUCAAAACGGCCUGCUCAAAUUAGGAAAACUAGGUAUAAUUCCUGUGAUUGGCAUGGCAAUUGACCAAUCCAUGAUCAUGAUGUAAUAGACCCACCCCCGAUGUCACAUCCCCUCCCUGCUACAUCAUGGCCCCGCCUCCUGCUACAUCACAGCCCGCCUCUCCCUGAGUUAGUCAGGCAAAAAGGUGGCAACCCUAUUCCUUGUUGAGCGGAGCCUGUUUGCAGUGAAUAUGCUUCCACAGCCAUCAAAGCUUUUUUUCCACAUUUCUAAGCUUUACAUGAAAAAUACAUUAGAUUUAGAAGUAUUUUAUAGUUUUUAUGUAUACAGUGCACCAUUCAACUUUUACAAUAAGACGAAAUUUGCAAAACAAUUUGCUGUGUAGGUAGCACUAUACUUUUAAAGAAAAAUCUUUUUUUCUGUGAAAUGUCUAUAUAGUAUUUAGUGAUGUGCUGGUCUAGAAAAACUCGACCCGCACCCAGCCCAGACUCGCAUGCCCCCCGAUUCACACCUGCACCCGUCUUCCUUUUAUAGACCUGCGCCAACCCGCCCAUGAUGUCACAAAAGGGGCGGGACAGGCAGUGGUGUGCCAGAAAUCGGCAGUGUAAAAUGGGGCAGCAUGGUUGUCCCGAACCAGCCCGGUUUAUUGGCUGGCCCACAUAUCACUAUUAGCAUUGCAAUGUUAAUACAGAACAUUACCAACGCACAUAUUUGUUACUUAAAUGUUGCUGAUUUUUUAAAUAUGCAAACUUUUUUAACAGAAAAACAAUGUCUAGUUCAUUUGGUAGCAAUUAGUUCCCAAAUAUACAAAAAUAUAAGUUGUGCCUUUGUACAUAUUUGGAAUAACAUUGGUUUCUGCAUCAUUUAAUUUUGUUGCCAAAUAAUUUGAAAGUGUUUUAAAUAAAAGAAAACACAAGAUUAUAGCAAAAUGUGUAUCUAUUGUUUACAAUAUCCCAAUGGGGUUAUUUUUAUAAAGUUUUAUCAAUUUAUUGAUGAUAUUUAUUAAAUGCGCAGUGCCUUUGUUUUUAAGAGCCUUUUAAAUGUUACGUUUGUUCAAUAGGUGAUAACACAUUUACAGAAAUCAGCAAAUCCUUUAUUAAUUGCUAUAUUUUAUUUUUCUUAUGCUCAACUUUUGCAUGUUGCUAACCAUCCAUAAGAAUGUGUGUACUUUGUUAUAUUUCUAAUUGUAAUAAAAUACAAUUGAAGUGA